AUGGUUUGUUUGGCUCUUGGGGCCGUCGGGCUGAUUGGGGCCAUCAGGUGUUGCACCCUCCCUCAGUGGAUAGUUUGGGUCAACGAGCGCAAAUACAUGGAAUAUCAAAAGGGUCUGUGGAUGUGGUGUCAGAAGCAGAGCACCAGACAGCUGGAGUGCAAACUGCAUGACUCCAUGGUGGCGCCAUCCCCUCUAGAUCAGGCCUUCAGGGCCAUGACCGUCAUCAGCUGCAUCCUCUGUGGUCUCAGCCUCCUCAUCCUGUUCUUUGGUUCUGACUUCACCCCAUGUGUUCAGAACCAAGGCACCAAGCUCAAACUCCUCCUGGUGGCCGCAGUGGGCCUGCUGCUGGCCGGCCUGCUGGUGAUCAUCCCCGUCAGCUGGGCGGCACAUGAUGUGACACACUAUUACACACAGCAAAAGAUUGGAGCUAGUAUCUAUAUUGGCUGGGCAGCUGGUGUGCUGAUGAUCCUGGCUGGAGUUCUGCUCUGCUGCUUCAGCAGACCCAGAUCCAGCAGCUCUGGAGGAACCACCAGCAACAGAGCUUUGUGA